CGUCUCAGAAGGUGCCUUUGCACACGCAAAACCAUCGGAGGAGCUUGUAGGUGGGUUUCGCCGGUGGUGUUGUAGCUAUAAACACAGCGCCGUUGCCAGAAAAUGUCGACUAUUCCAGCUUUCUUCAAGGAUCAUUUUGCUAUCUUUAACAUAUAGCUGCCGUCAACAUGGUUUGCAAGACUUUUCUCGCUAGCAUCGCAGUUGGGGCUAUUGCUUCAGCGAAUGCUUUCACCCCGAAGCUGAAUGCGGCAGGAGAGGAGCUACGACUUAUCAAAACGUCAGACAGUGACAACGGUACAUGGUACACCGAACAAGAGAAGCUGGAUUUGUUCAUCUCUACGCCAUCAUGCGCCCACUUUAUGGAUAUCACAGAGACUCAGGAUUUGGAGGCACACCGCGUCGCCGUUGCAAAUGGAUUCAAGGUUGACAAACGUCAAUCCGCCACGUUUCCAUCGGCUGCUUCUCGUCAGGCUGUGGCCAACCCAUUGAUCAACCAGAUCAGCAAGACCAACCCCAAGACUUGGGCCACAACGUUGACCAACAUUCACAACCGGUAUUACAGGGGCUCGUAUGCUGCAUCAUCAGCCACCACGGUUUUCAACCUUGUUAAGAACGUUGCUGCACCAAACACAAAGAUCACUGUCAAGCAAUUCACUCACAGCUACAACCAACCUUCUGUGAUCGCUACGAUCCCUGGAACAUCUGCAAACGUCGUUAUCGUUUCUGCUCAUUUCGAUUCAAUCAACCAGGCCAAUCCUACAACCGGCCGAGCUCCUGGUGCUGACGACAAUGCCUCUGGUAUUGUCACCAUCCUUGAGUCACUCCGCGUCCUUGCUGCAGCCAAUUACGCACCUAAGAACACACUUGAAUUCCACUUCUAUUCGGGCGAGGAAGGUGGCCUUUUGGGAGCUCGUGCUAUCAUGCAAGACUACGUUAAGCGCAGCGUCAAGGUUCUUGCUGUCAUGAACCAGGACAUGACUGCCUACUCUCCUAACCACAACAUCGCAGUCUACACAGACUUUGUGAGCACACCACUCAGCAACUUUAUCAUCAAGCUGGUGCCUGUGUACACUACCAUUCCCGUCAUCACUGAUCGAUGCGGCUACGCGUGUAGCGACCACGGCGCUGCUUACGAUGCAGGCUAUCCUGCUGCGUAUGUCUGCGAUGAGAACAUGGUGGAUGCGACACCUUACCUUCAUACCGCUAACGACGCACUUUCGACGAUGGACUUCGAUCACUUAUAUCAGCAUGUGCGUUUGACUGUGGGCUUCCUUGUGGAAGGCUCAUACUUUUAAGCAAGUAGAAACAUCAUUCUUAUGGAUGAAUUGAGCAGCAGCAAAAUGCCAACCUUAUUCUCCAACAUUAGUACCAGCUUCAUCUUGAUCACAGCACUAAGACUGUAAUGGGAAGG